AUGGGACGGCCGAUUAAAGUGCGAGAAGUAUGGCAGUAUAAUUUGGGAUACGAGUUCAAUUUGAUUCAAAAAGUUCUUCACUUGUUUCCAUACACUUCCAUGGACACCGAAUUUCCUGGAGUAAUUUACCAUCAUCCAAAACUAAAUUAUUCUCGUCUUUCUCCCGGAGAAAGCUACUCAAUCAUGAAGAAGAACGUGGACGCUAUGAAACUUAUUCAGGUCGGGCUCACAUUAUCUGAUGAAGAAGGCAAUCUGCCAGAUUUUGGGAGUGAAUUUUGCUAUGUAUGGGAAUUUAAUUUCCAGGAAUUUGACGUGGACGAAGAUCUCCAAAACCCUAAAUCCAUAGACUUGCUUAAGCGCCAAGGCAUCGAUUUUUCGAAGAACAAGCGAAUGGGAAUUCAUUCCUUUCAGUUCGCCGUGCUUUUUAUGACUUCUGGACUUUCAUUGGCUCCGACAUGGGUGGACAGAAGUCGAACGUGGAUAACUUUUCACAGCACGUAUGAUUUCGGAUACUUGAUAAAAAUUUUGUCCCGUAGAGAACUUCCAGAUGAUCUGUCAGAAUUCAUGGGAUUGGUGAGAAUGUAUUUUGGGGAGAAGGUGUUCGAUAUGAAGCAGAUAAUGGGAUGUUGUGGGCUUUACGGCGGCCUCGAGCGGAUGGCGAAGAGUUUGAAAGUCGACAGAGUGGUCGGAGAAAGCCACCAGGCAGGGUCCGAUAGCUUGCUUACGAUGCAAGCUUUUAUGGAGUUGAAGAAGGUUUAUUUUUGCGGUCCGACAAUGGAAUCGUUGAAUGAAUUUAACUACGUUUUACAUGGAUUAGUCAAUGUUGUUGCUGUCUGA